CAAAAAUAUAAGUACAUUGCUACAUUAUGUGUGUAUGUUUGUGUAUGUGAAGGGGUGGGAUUAGAGUUUGGGUAGCGGGUGGAGCUCUAAUUUGAUUAUAAAUGAGCUUGCCUUGUGGACCAUAAUAAUUGAAGUACAGACGCGGCACAUUUUUGAGCUGGUACAGAUCUCCUACGAUACCAGAAAAACUAUAAAGCACAUCACUGGUUUAUACUGUUGGAUCAUAUCUGGCAACAGGUAAGACUUUCAUGUUCCUUAGAUUAUUUUUGAAUAUAUUGUUUUGUGAUAAAAAUACAUUUAAGCUUAUUAUGUAAUAAAUUGUUUUUAUUUUCUUCACCCUAGCAGUCAUAUCCUUGUAAACUGUGCAGGGUAUUUUGUAGGUGAAAGAUCAUUUUUCCAUUUGGUACUUAGAUCCAGAGACCCUCCACAUCUUUCUAUUGUUACAACUCAGAGAUUCAUAAACAGUAUAUUGAAUUGUUUUCAUGCCUGGUGACAAAUAUAAAAUUUUGGAAUGAAGUUAACUGGACCUGUCCAAAUUUGACUUAUUUGGAAGGAAUUUUAAUUUGAGUAACCAGUCAAACGUACUACCUAGUGACAGCUAAAUCACUAAGUUUCAUUUUCUUUUUAAACCAUCAAGAAAAUGAUGGAGAAACUAUCAACACUCUCUUACAAACCAUCUUAAUACAUCAUCAUUCUCUCACCCUUAAGUAAUAAUUUAGCUGAUAUUAGUCGAUGCAUAUUAAAUGUUAAGCCAAUGAGUUUAGUUAAUAGAUACCCUAAUGUUUAAUUCACUAUUGAUUUUUUUAUUUUAAAGGUGAUUUAUUCAUUCAACCAUAUCCCACCAAAGGAUCUGACAUAAAGUUCAUUUCUUAGCCCCUGACUGUCUGUGAGUGAAGCAGUUUAACAGGCUGAAGUUAUGCAUUACCUUAACAGGUGUUUUGUGUUAUUAUCACGUCAUCUUUGAAAACUGUGGCGUGCUGCCCCACAUAGAUUACUGGUACAUAAUGUAGCAUGUAUUUCAUAGAUUUCAUAUUUCAGAUAUUUUAUAGAUGCUACAUAACAUAGCAACCAUCCUUGCAACAGUGGCUUUAUCUUGCUGUAAGGAUAUGCACACACUGCCUAUUUGAUUUAAAUAAGGGCAAUGACUAUAGCUUAUCUUACUUUUUAUAUUUAAAUAAUUCAUCUGAAGACGUAUUGUAUCUUCAUUCUUUACAUAUAUUGUAUUUUUAUUUAUUAUUCUAAUUCUUACUUAUUUGAUCAUUCUGAGAUUUGUUUUUCUUUUCAUCCUGAUAUGGCUGGAAUUUUAAUUUACUUAAAGGGAACUUUCCCAAAAGGAUCAAUAAAGUCUGUCUAACUUAUCUAAUCGCAUCUAAAGGGCAUUAGUGCAAUGUUUAACGGUGUGGAUGGUUAAAAGGAUGACAAACAUUUUCAUUUAAAGUCAUUGUGUGAAUAAAUAAGAAUGAACAGAGGUUUUAAACAUGUAUUAAAUCCUUCAUUAGUGCAUCAACUGCCUAUCUAUGGCCUUCCAAUAGGAAUUUUUCACAUGAAGUUAGUUAUUGUGCUUCAUACAAUGUCUGUCAUUUGAAAGAGCAGUGAUAUAAACAUAUUUUUGUGUACUGCUGUGAAGUGCACGUAUAUUUAAGAAGUUUCUGGUCUCUGUUUACAGGGGUAGAGUGGUGUUCACUUAGCUCUGAGGUCCGCUGUAGAAAAGCUUCAAGACCUGACGCUUGGAUAAUUACAUUGUGUGAGAGAAGAAACAUCUGAAAGCUUAGGUAGUUAGUGAAAACCUUCCAAGAGGACAUUGCAGUUGGAUAUGACACAGACUAAUAUCCCUAUAUGACCCACAAAGCAAAUGAGACCAUCAGGAAGAAAACUGAUCAUUGCCAAUUGUUAUGCCUAUCUCUGAUGUCGCACAGGAUUUACAGAAUUCAGACAGAAAGUGUUUUUACAACGCAAAGAAAGGUGCAAAAAUGAGUAAAACGUUUUAUCUAUUUUUUUAUUUGGACUGUUUUCAAGUGUUGUUGAAAGAAAUAGUACACAAUGGUAAAAUGCCUCUGUCCAAAUUGUUGAAAAGUGAGUAAAAUUUAAAAUAAGCACAGAUUUUUCAUAAAACAAUAGCAUAUGUUCUUUUCACAAUUUUUAAUCAAAUGUAGGUUUCAAUGACUUGCAAACCAUUCAUUUUGUUUUCUUAACAGAUAAAGUAUGUGACAGUUGAUCUAAAACGAUCCCAAUUCUUGCGAAACCUGAGGAGUAUAAAGACUAUGAGUAAGAUGUUUUGCUAUGUCACUCUGCUCGGCAAUUAGGUUUUGAGACAGACAGUUGGACAUAAAACCAAACAACAAAGAAACUUGAGUGACAAAGAAUGAUGGUUUCUAUCUGAAACUGAAAGAACAAUUUAGCCAGUUUAACCGGUUUAGCAAGGGCGUGUCUGAGGAACUUCAGGGCUCUUUGGAGAUUUUAUCUACAUUGGUGCUCCUUUUGACAUAAUUUAAAAUAUUUGCACUGGGAAUGAGGGUUUCUGCAGGGUGCUGUCCGACACCUAUCUUGCUGCAGCAGUUAGAAGCACUAAAAUAACUCUGACGUAAUAAAUCUCCUUAUUAUUCAUUUAAGUCUGUCUCAUACCAGCCAAAAUCUCCUCACUGGAUUUAGAUCUCAUUUAUGUUUCAGGGUUAUGAAGAGCUGCAGCACUCUUGCUUCAAUGCUCGCCUUAGUCAUCCUUAUCUCCCUUCCUGCGGUGGUAUUAUGUAAGGAAGUGAACUACAAAUCAACAAAAGAGGUGAGGAUCAUACAAGUUUCACAUUUUUAAAAUAGCUUUAUUGUAGCAUGCUGAAAUGCACAAGCCAACAAGUGAUUGAUUGUUUUUCAGGGAAGAGCAGGGUGCUGCGUGGGCGAGGACGCGAAGAGGUUUGAUGACAUUGACUAUGACAGCUUUGUGAGUCUAAUGGGACGGAGAAGUGCGGCUCAACCAAACAGUGAGUUAUUUAAUGCCAAAACAUCGUUUUUCUACAUCACUUUUACUUACAGAGAUUUUCUCUCCAUCUCAUCCUUGACUAUUUUGCAGGUCACAAAAACACUGGGAUGAUGAGAAAAAGUAAGGAUCGACGUUGAUUCAUAAACUCCCAUACAGUGCGGCUGGCCAUGUUUUUGGUCUGUUUAUAUCUCCAUCUGAUUCGUUUUUGCUCAAAUGAUCAGAAAUAACACAAAGAAGUGCUCUUGAAUUUGGCCUCUGUUGACCUAUAUGUUAAUUUAGCAACUUCACAUGUUUUAAAGGAUAAGAUGAUGGAAUAAAAUGAGGUCAAAGCUCAAAAUUAAGUCAUUUUUCUUGUGACAUCAAAAAAAGCCCUUUUGUGGCCAUUAUUCUCAUCCUAUUGGGGUGACUGUAAUCAUCCAAACACAACUGAGGGUAACACUUUCAAAAUUAGCACUGACACAUUCUGGCACUUAUGGCUAAACUAAUAAGAUUUUAGAGGUCAUAAGUCAGAUAAUAGCAGUGGAAGUUUAAUAAUAAAGGUCAGUCACAUGCCCCAAACAGAGAACUUGUAAUUGGCCUUUACGAUUUCUCUGAAAACAGAUGUGAUGCAAAGUCCCUGUUGUAUUUAGGUCCACUUGUACUGGUGUGAUGUGCUCUGGGUUAUGUUUUAGUUCAAAUAUUUUCACAACACAAGAUCCUGUCCCCAACCCCUGACACACACAAUGUCAACAGUCUUUCACUGUUUUACUGCAGCACAGUUACUCUGACAGCAGAAAACUAAGUCGUUGCCUUAAGCAUACAACCUCAUAGUGUGUAUUGACCUCACCUACAGCUUUAUGGCAUGUGACGUUGUGUUCAUCUCGUACAGGACCCUUUCUGCAGGAUCACGUCCUCGCUGAUCUGUUCGGCCAGAAAAAAAGUGAGUGACUUCAGCCAAUCUAAGAGAUUCAUCAAGAAAAUGAUGAAACACUACAUUUAUUCUUGAUUGUGAUGUAUUGUGUACUUAUCACGUAAUGAAGUAUGGACAUAAAACUUUGUUCUCAAUCAUUACAAGGAAUAAAGUCUUCCAGCAUUUUUUAACCUAUGACAUAUUCCCGUUUGGACAGGUUUUUACGUGCAAAAUAAUAAAGAUGACAAAGCUUGUUGAUGAAUUACCGCUAAAUUCCAAACAUUCAUUGAUUUCACAUUUUAGAAUCAAACAUUUAAAACAUCAGCGGAGAGCUUACUGUUUGGGUGGUUUCCAUGUCCGCUCUGGAGAAAGUGGUACCUCUUACCACUGAUCUUGUCUGAUACAAGGGUAGGUUAUGAUUUCUGACAAAAAGUCUUUAACACUGAAAUAAAUUGCUUGUUUCAAAUUACAUACUGAAUCUGUAAAAUCAGAGGAAUCUGUCAGCCUGUAGUAUGAGAAUUAAAAAUCCAGAUUAACCAAAGAGUCAAUAAUCAAUAGAGAGUCCUUGAAUAAAGCAUUUAUAUCUGUGUAUUAACUCUGUAACCACUGCUCCACUGAGCUCAUACAAGCUGAUAGUAAGUUAUGGAUGUACUGUACUCCAGGGUAUGAUGCAAAAUUAAAGAUUUAAAGGAGGAUUACAUAUACUGUAAAUGAAAGACAUGGGUAGCAGGAGAAAGAGGAUAGGCUUACUCUUACUCAUACCAUAAAAAAAUAAAAGAAAAAAAGUGAUAGUAGCUAUCAUCUGACAAAGACAGAUUCUCUUUACUUAUGUGAUGCAUGAAUAGGCAAACUUCCUCAAAUACUAACUGUAACAGUCUUUCAUCAUAUAGAGGAGUGUACAUACACAUAAACCAUGAAUAUUGAGUAACUGAGUAGCAGUUUUCUCUGUGUGGAACAGGAACAGGAACAGGAGUCCUGUUCCCAUGUCCUGAGGAAUACAAACGAAAAGCCGAUUUAUCAACCAUGGGAGGCAGAGGUAAGAAACACUGUCAACACUAACUCAUCCAUCAAUGUAGAUCUUUGCUGCUUCAUCCCUCAUGAUAUGCUGUCCUUUUUCUCUCUGCUCAGAUUUCAACACAUUUUGUAAAGAUGCCACCAGACCUGCUCGACCUCAACACAGGCUGUAAAAUCUCCAUCUGUGCAUCUCUUGUUAAUUCCUCACAGCGAUCGUAUCAACUGGAAAAUGUGACAAAUUUGAAGAAAAAGCAAUUGACCAUUUUUGUACUACUAUUGAGGAAUUAUCUGGCAAUGCAAGAUCAUG